AUCUGUUCUUUUCUGUCAGUAGGCUGCUGUAUAAAGACGUCGUUUUGUACAUAACCAAAAAGAAAGGAUUUGCAAAAACUUGGCAAAAAGGAUACAAAACGGGAUCUUGUUUGUAUCCAUCAUCUCCAUACAGUCUCCUUAUUUAUUGUCCAAAUACUUGGUCGCUUCAAAUUGACUGAUCUACAGAGAACUGUGUAUUUAUUGAAUUCUGCGGAUUCACAUAUAAACGUGUUGAAGUUGCUUGAGGAAAUAUGGUUAAAAAUAAAAAGGGCAAGAAAGAGAUAGUUUUGACUGGUCCAGAAGCCUCAUCUGGUGAUGAGAUUGAAACAACGCAAGUUCAAGCUGCGGGUUCCGAUGACUCCGACGGUGGUCAGGAAUUGGAGAAGGUAAACGCCAAAAACAAAAAGAACAAACCCCAGAAGAAACAGAAUUCCAAGAAGAAGCAAAACGAUUCCGAUGGAGACGGGGAUAGUGGUGAUGAGGUUGAAACCAUUUCUAAGGGGGUUAAAAAGCUGCAAGUUAAAAGCAAACCGGCAGCAGCCAACAGUGAGGAUGGCGAGGAUGAGGAAGAGCAGGCAAGUAAGAAGAUGAAAAAUAAAAAGAAAGCAGCAGCUCCUAAGAAGUCAGCAUUUGAACUCUUGAUGGACGAGGAUGACGAUGAUGAUGACCAUAAUCCACCGGCGGCACCGCCAAGCGAACCCGAGGUGGAGGAGGAAGAGCCAGAAAAGGCAGUCAAAAAUGCCGGCAAAAAGUCUAAAAAGGCCAAACGUAAGGGCAAAGACGAUGAUGAUGAAGAUUUGGAUAAGCUAUUGGCUGAUAUACAAGCCGAAUAUGCCGUUGGGGAAGCACCCAAGGAUGCCACCGCCAAUGUGGUCUCUCCUGAAGAUCUAAUCGAGGAAGACUUUGGCAAGGGAAAGAAGAAGAACAAGAAACAGCAGCAAAAAGAAACCGUAAAGCCGGUAGAGGUUGAGACCAACGACGGCGGAGACGGUGAAGGUGACGAUAUUGAGGAGGAAGGUGGAACUGUUAAGACUGCAGCUCAAAAGAAAAAAGAAAAGAAGGAACGUCAAAAGCGUGAAGCAGCGCUAGCCAAACAGAAGGCUGCCCAAGAGCCAAAACAAAAGCCAAAACCUGUAGAAGAAGUAGCCGUAACUGCGGCUGAAGAACCCACUGUUGCAGCUGAAAUUGUAGAGGAGCCCAAAGAUGCUGCUAAAGAAAAUGAAGGCGAUGCUGAGGGCGAAACCGCGGCUGAAGGAGAGGCGGGCAAAGCCACCGGCAAAAAUAAAAAGAAAGGUAAGAAGGACAAAAAGGCCGAGGAGGAAGAAACAAAGAAGGACAGCAAGAAAAAGGGCGUGUCAGCAGCCAUGGUAGCUGCAAUGCAAGAGCGUCUAAAAAAGAUCAAAGAGGAAGAAGAACGCGAAAGGCAAUUAGAAGAAGAACGCAUCAAACAAGAGGAAGAACGUGAAAGACAACGCUUGGAAGCUAUUCGCCUUGAGGCGGAAAGAAAGGAAAAGAAGAAGCAGAAGGAGAUUGAACGAAAGGCUCGUCUUAAGGCCGAAGGUAAACUACUUACUAAAAAGCAAAAGGAAGACAGGGCUCGUGCGCAAGCUAUGUUAGAAUCGCUCAAGGCUAAAGGCAUAGAAAUUCCCGAUCCCAAUGAGAAGAGACCAACUAGACCAGGCACUCGCAUACGUCCAAAGAAGAAGGGCCCUCAAGCAGGUCAACAAGGAGAGACUAAAUCUGAAGAAGAAUUGAAAGCCGAACAAGCUGCAGCCGAAGCAGCCGCCCAAGCGGAAGCUGAAAAGAAAGAAGUCAUUAAGGAUUCGUGGGAUGCAACAGAUUCCGAAGAGGAAGCCAAUGAUGAAGUAUCACAGGCCACAACGAAUACCAAUGAUGAAAAGGCCGCAAACGGGAACACCCCAGAAGAGGAUGAGUCCGAUGAUGACGAUGACGACGAUAAUGAUGACGAUGAGGACUCCGAAGAUGAUCGCUGUGCAAACUCAGAUUCCGACUCUGAUUUAGAUGAUAAGGACGAGGUUAUAAAUGCCAACGAUCCUGAGGAACGCCGCCUGCGAGCUGAACGGCGGAUUCUUAAACGCCAAGACGAGGCCGAAAAGAAACGCACAGUUGAUAAUUUACGUGCUGCGGUGGUGUGUGUUUUGGGGCACGUAGAUACAGGCAAAACAAAAAUUUUAGACAAGCUACGACGCACUAAUGUGCAAGAUGGCGAAGCCGGUGGUAUUACACAACAAAUUGGUGCUACAAACGUUCCCAUGGACGCCAUUAAGGAGCAAUCGAAGGUAGUGCGUAAUUCCAGCGAAUUUGAAUACAAACUUCCCGGCCUGCUGAUUAUCGAUACACCUGGUCACGAAUCGUUUAGCAAUCUCCGCAAUCGUGGCUCAUCGCUCUGUGAUAUAGCCAUUCUGGUAGUUGACAUAAUGCACGGUCUUGAGCCACAAACCAUUGAAUCCAUUAAUUUACUCAAGAAGAAGAAAUGUCCGUUCAUUGUAGCUUUAAAUAAAAUUGAUCGUCUUUAUGAUUGGAAGCUGAUGGCUCGUCGAGAUAUUCGAGAUGUGCUGAAGGAACAGGAGGCGAAUACGCAGGUCGAGUUCAAUCAGCGCACCAAAGAAGUUAUACUUCAAUUUGCCGAACAAGGUCUCAAUGCGGCGCUCUUCUAUGAAAAUCCAGAUCCGAAAACCUACAUUUCCCUUGUGCCCACUAGCGCCAUUACCGGCGAGGGCAUGGGAAAUCUCCUGUUCCUCAUUGUGGAGUUCUGUCAAAAAAUGCUUGCUAAACGUCUGAUGUACUCGGAGGAACUGCAAGCCACUGUCCUAGAAGUUAAGGCCAUUCCUGGUCUUGGCACAACAAUUGAUGCCAUUUUGAUUAAUGGUAAAUUGCGUGAGGGUCAAACAAUGAUAUUGGCUGGUACCGAUGGUCCCAUUGUUACCCAAAUUCGUUCGUUGCUAAUGCCACAACCAAUGAAGGAGUUACGUGUUAAAAAUGCAUACGUGGAGCACAAAGAAGUGUUAGCCGCUCAAGGUGUCAAAAUUGCUGCCAAAGACUUGGAAAAGGCAAUAGCUGGCAUCAAUCUUUUGAUAGCUCAUAAACCAGAUGAAGUGGAGAUAUGCAAGGAGGAGGUAGCUCGCGAACUGAAGAGUGCUUUGAGUCACAUUAAAUUGGCCUCUACUGGUGUUUAUGUACAAGCUUCUACUUUGGGUUCAUUAGAAGCCUUAUUAGAGUUUUUGCGAACAUCCAAAAUACCGUAUUCGGCUAUACGAAUUGGUCCCGUAGUAAAACGUGAUGUAAUGAAGGCCUCAACGAUGCUGGAACAUGAAUCACAAUAUGCCACAAUUUUGGCAUUUGAUGUUAAAGUCGAGAAAGAAGCACAAGAAAUGGCCGAUACACUGGGUGUGAAAAUAUUCCAAGCCGAUAUUAUUUAUCAUUUGUUUGAUAAAUUUAUGGCCUACCGUGAGGAGUUGAAACAAAAGAAGCGAGAUGAGUUCAAAUCAAUAGCUGUCUUCCCCUGCAAACUAAAGAUACUGCCACAGUUCAUCUUCAACAGUCGUGAUCCCAUUGUCAUGGGUGUUAUGGUGGAAAAUGGUAUUGUUAAGGUUGGAACACCUAUAUGCGUGCCCAGCAAAGAAUUUGUGGAUAUUGGCAUUGUCACUUCGAUCGAAUCGAAUCAUAAACAAAUCGAAUCGGCACGCAAAGGUCAAGAGAUUUGCAUAAAACUCGAUCCCAUACCAGGCGAAUCGCCCAAAAUGUUUGGGCGUCAUUUUGAAGCUGACGAUAUGCUGGUUAGCAAGAUUUCACGUCAAAGCAUUGACGCUUGCAAGGACUACUUCCGAGAUGACUUAAUUAAGGCUGAUUGGGCUCUGAUGGUUGAACUGAAGAAAUUAUUUCAAAUUUUGUAAAUUGUUUUUGCUAUGAUAUGAUGUGCGCUAUUUAUACAAUGAUAGACAAGAUACGAUUCGGAACUCUGCUUUCAAUUUUUAAGAGUAUACUUUGCGUAAUUUAAAACAGAAAAUGUGCUGAAGUGGGGAGAGAAUUCUGACUUUUGCCCAAAACUCCCUUGCAAAACGGUCCGUAGUAACAAAUCAAUACUUAUUUAUUUUUUUUUUAUUUUUUCAAAAAGAAAAAAACAGACACAAACUCAACACACACACACACACACAUAUAUUGAGAAAAAAAGAACUUAAUGCAAUAAAAAAAAAAAAUUACGGCAUAUAAAAGUAUAUAAUAAUAAAAAUAGAACAUAAAAAUAA